UUCGCUGUUAAUUUCGGUGCUUGGAAGGGGAAAUGACCGUGGGAAGGGCGCUACCCCUCGUGGCUUGUUUAGCACGUUGAGCAGGUUAGUCUAUGGGUUGGGCCCCCCCACGCGGUCGCUUCCCCUGAUUCCACGCGGCGCAGUCGAGAGAGAAAGACGCCAGUCUAGAUCGGAUCGCGGAGUAGGGUAGUCACGUUAUCUGCAUCGAUUUAUCGCGAUCGAAGUAGGGGUAGCCUUUGGUUACACGCGCCGAUCUAGGAACUUUUCUGAUACAGUGUGUACAGUGAUAUAGUGUGUUAUAACAUAGUAAAUAUUUAAAUUUUAAAAAUAGCACAGACUUGUAUAAAUUCACUUGGCGAUCUCAUCGACUUUUUAUAAUACUAUUCUUUAAACAAUUACAAUCUGUAAUUCGAAGUCUUCUACCUCGGAAACUGUCGUCCAAAGUAUACGUUGAUAAAGUUACAUUAACUAAGAGGAUGUUGCGGAUCGAUGAAAAAGAGGACCAUCGUCGGAGGCUACGCCUUCACGUGGUGGUUCGUCACCGACGUUCAACGGCUCUCUCUGGAGGUGAUGACGCUGAAUCCCGUUUGCGAGAACGUGGAGACAGCCCUUGGGGUGCCUUUAACCGUCACCGGGGUAGCUCAAUGCAAGAUCAUGAAAGCUGACGAAUUAUUGCACACUGCCAGCGAACAAUUUCUCGGGAAGAGCGUGCACGAAAUCAAAUCGACGAUCCUCUCUACCUUGGAGGGCCAUCUUCGCGCGAUAUUAGGCACGCUCUCGGUGGAGGAGAUAUACAAGGAUCGAGAUCAGUUCGCGACGCUCGUAAGGGAGGUCGCCGCGCCGGACGUCGGUCGCAUGGGCAUCGAGAUCCUGUCGUUUACGAUAAAGGAUGUCUACGACGACGUUCAAUACUUGGCGUCGCUUGGCAAGGCUCAGACCGCCGUUGUUAAACGGGACGCCGACGUUGGCGUCGCGGAGGCGAACCGCGACGCUGGCAUUCGGGAAGCAGAGUGCGAGAAAGCAGCGAUGGACAUAAAGUACAACACCGACACAAAGAUCGAAGACAACGCCAGACUCUUCCAGCUGCAGAAGGCUAACUUCGAUCAGGAAGUCAACACGGCUAAAGCCGAGGCUCAGUUGGCCUACGAGCUCCAAGCGGCGAAGAUAAGACAACGGAUACGAAACGAAGAAAUUCAGAUAGAAGUCGUGGAAAGGCGCAAGCAGAUCGAGGUGGAGGAGCAGGAAGUCCGUCGAAAGGAACACGAGCUCCAGAGCACCGUGCGGCUUCCGGCUGAGGCCGAGCAUUACAAAAUCGGCAGAGUGGCCGAAGGAAAAAGGACACAGACGGUGAAUGCGGCUACGGCAGAAGCUGAGAAGAUUCGAUUGAUCGGAGAAGCUGAGGCUCAAGCUCUGGAGGCGAUAGGAAUAUCGGAAGCUGAGCGUAUGCGAAUGAAGGCUGCUGUGUACAAGAAGUACGGCGAGGCAGCCAUUCUGAAUAUCGCUCUGAACGCUCUGCCAAAGAUUGCUGCGGAGGUUGCAGCACCAUUGGCCAGAACGGAGGAGAUUGUUCUUCUGGGUGGAAACGACACGACCAGCGGAGAAAUUACCCGCCUUGUGGGGCAAGUACCUCCAGCUGUUCAAGCACUGACCGGUGUAGAUCUGUCAAAAGUGUUAGGGAAAAUACCAGGGGCGAAGUAAUGUCGAAUGCAGCGACAGGUAGAACGACCAGGCGAUCGGACAUUCGGAAUCAGCUGAAGAAAGGAGCAAAAACUCUAUACUGCCAAAGGUUUCUCUGCUAUUCUAUUAUCCACCGGUGACACUCCAACUUUUUUCUCUUUCCCGAAUUACUCUACCUCAAACGUAGAUGAAGCGAAGCUGAACACAACCGGUCAGAUCGGUCGUGGCUCCGCCAAGAGCGCGUCGUUUUAAAUGUCGAUACGGUUGAACGAUUGCUCGUCCCACGCGGUCACGUAAAGCGCACAUUGUCAAGUUGAUCCUUAUUAUCGUCGUCCGUGCACGACGGUUUCCAACGAGUUCGAUUCCUGCGUGCAUCGAAGCGACUGGUAAUUUGAUUCACGAGGACUUCCGGAGGCGUCGACACGGCCAUACUAACGCAGAAAGAUUCUCGUUGAACCAACCAAGUUAGACUCUGCUAGACAUGGUCAGUGCCUAGAUCAUAUCAAUUUUAUUGAUAGAAUCAUUGGUACCUACCUGAAACUCUAGAUCAGUGAUUGUUAACCUUUGCAGGCUUGCCAUAUAUUUUACAAGAAGAUUCUUGGCAUUUCUUAUAAUUAUAGUAAUAAGUCUUCAAUUGUAACAGUAUACGUUCGAUGAAGGAAGAAAUUUAAUCCGAAAUAAGUAUCAGUUUUGACAAGACAUAUUUAACCUGAUUUCCUGAUUGAAGAUCUAAUAAAUACAUUUAACAACCUUGCAGGUCCCACUUAUCGCUUACUUUAAGUAUUCCUUAAUUCGUGAGAUGUAUAAAUAAAAAUAACUACAAGAAAUAAUUUCCUUUGUAAAAUAAAAUGUUCAGGUUUGAUGCUUCUUUCGGAUGAAAUUUUUCAUUAAGUUAUAGUAAAAAUUUCAAGAACUAUAAUACAAUAAAAAUUCAUCAGAUUUGUUGGUUAAACACGGUGGUUAGGAAUCACUGUUCUAGAUCAGUAUUGGUUGAUGCUAGUUAAGAACAACAGAACAUAACCUCUGGGGUUUUCAUCGAAGCUUUCGUCAGCAAUUGAACUUUAAACGGCGCAGCCGGGACGCGAUCGCAAUUGGAAGGAAAAAUGAAGGAGAACGAACAACACGAAGACAAGCGAAUCGUGGCCACCAGCGAAUUAGAAAUAAACUUAACACGUUGACUGUCAUGCGCAGGGAGAAUAAACAAAAAUGAAAGUGGCAACACAUGGAAACAUGGUACUCUUGGAAAGCUAAUAGAAGUGUAUAAGAUAAUUUAUUGAAACGAAUGGUAGUAUGAGCAACUCAUAAUGGUACAGAGGGUUCAUCCAAAAAGGCCACUGCUCAGUAAACCGCUCUGUAAGAACUCACGCAGCAGAAAAACUUAGAAAUUUUUCGCUCUCAAACAUGGCUACCAUUCCUGGUAGCAGUAGCUGCAGAGUGCGGUCGCCAUCUUGGGAAACUAAACAUUCUUAAGUUCACCCUGUGAGUUUUCACAAAGCGACUUGAUAAGCGAUACCUGUCUGGAAGCAUCCAAAGCCUAACCCCUAAUAUACAUCAACUCCCAUUAAUCCUUUGCGGAUGAUCGACCAGGUGACCGCGUACAGUAAACAUCUCUUAAGCCGUCGACUGACUUGCGAUAGAACAUUGUAAUGUAACGCGAGCAUUCGCUUAGUUUGGCGAACUAGCGAGCGACGAACCGAGCCGUUCUUGCGCUCGGUUCGCGCUCGAUCGUGCUCCACUGGUCUGUCGAUUUUUUGACGAACCUCUUUGAUCGUCUACUUUUCACUGAACUGAGUAGGAAGCAUUGAGAGAGAAUUCAGCCGAGAGUUCGAAGCGAACAUUCGUGAUUCCAAAAAGGACCUUGUAAUGUAACGUUGGUGUCGAACCGUAAAAUUCGUGCCGAGCAGUUACAUUACAGCGUUCUGUUGCAAGUCAGUCGCCGGCUUUAUCAUUCAAUGUGUCUGUACCCAACGUGUUGAAGCAUCUUCCGCAUACAGCGUGUCCUGCUUCAAAGUGACCGUCCCUAAAGGAUUACAGGUUUAAAUAUUUAUUGAUGAAAUAAGUUAUCUUGUAGCUAAACCAUCGCGACAGUCACCGUAUUAAAACUCGUGGUAGCGCGAUUCAGGCGGAAAUCGAAUUACAUAGGCGAAUGUACGCCUUUGCAUUCGCAUAAAUCUAUUGUGAUUGAAAUUUUCGAUCAUUGUGUUCAACGUAACAUAAGUAAAUUUAACAAAGGGGAGAAGAGAGUAAACGUUCGUGCGGAGUAGGCGACGUGGAAGUCAACUGUCCGUAGUCGUUGUACAUACCCAUAGUUACGUGUGUAUAAUAGCAACUGAGGUUUUUGCCUUGCUUAGAACGAGACGCGACGAAGGAACGUGUUCAGAAGAACGACUCUAGUGCUGAUUUGCAGCGUUCCUUAAGCUCCAAAAUGUUUAAUUACACACGUGAACGCUCGGAUUCGGUACAAUUAUAAUAGAAUGGUACAGAUUUAAAAAAAAAAGUAUAUUAUAAUUCACAAAAUAAAAUUUAAAAAGGAACAAUGAAUUUAGAGAACUUGAUAUACAGUCUGUAUUAUACGAUACUUGGUAUCACCUUGCAAUAUUAAUCGAUACUGUUUCAAACUGACCUAAACUUAAGGACAUACAAUGCAAAUGAGCACAAGUUUCCUCGUUCAUCGUGUUAACACUCGAAAUUCUCUCGGUUGACCACGCAUCGGAAUCAAUCGCAUUACCAACAAACUAUGUAAUAUUCCAAACCGAAGAAAGUGCCAAUUUGUAAAUACAGUAUCUCCUUGCCACUGUAGCAAAAGAAUAAUGAUAUUUAUAUUGCGUAACGAGCAUUCUGUUGCAUUGCACAUUUUUAUUCUGUUCGCAAUAGUGCUUGCAUCAAGCAGGUCUCAAGAUACAUAUAAUUUUUUCCAAAGAAUAUUCGAGACAGACACCCUGCUAAUAAUGGAUAUCGGAGGAUUGCAGAGUACAAAUUCCAUUAAUGUCCUGCACCAAUAUAUAUUUUGUGCUCGAGAUAUAUAGUUAGAGUGAAAAGGGCUUUGUUUGGAAUGGUUUGAAAACUUUCAUCGUUUCCAUUAGUUCGUUAAAUGAUAUUUUGAUACAUAUAAUUUAUUUUUAUACAGAUUAUAUUUAUUUUAUAUCGGUAGGGAAGCUUUGCAAAUGUACAAGAAAUCGAUAUCAAAACUUUGGAGCCUCAAAAAAAAAAAAACAUUAAUCUAUUUUAAAUGUCUUGAAAUUAAUUAAUGCUUUUACAACUACAAAGUUUGGUCUUUCAAUUUGAUAAAAAAAUCUUCCAAUGAUUGACAAACAUAUUUAGAUGAAUUUUUGUAGUGUUAUAUACAAAUAAUGAAUAAUAAUAAGUCAAACAAAAUUGAAUCUCUCGAAGAAGCUUUAAUUGCGCCACUUUUACGUGGGCCUUACUUCUUUUUUAUUGAAGAAUGCGCGUAUAAUUAUAAAUGUAGUAAUUCUUGUUUACUAUUUACCUUCCUUUUAUAUGCAUUCCUUUUAUUAAAUUUGUAUUACUGAUCAAAUGUAUCUUCCGAAUGAUACAAUACAGAGUAAAUAUUAUAUACAAGAUAUAAGUAGAAAUGAGCAGUACGUAUGUAAUAUGCACAAAAAAGGACAUUUUUAUAAGUGCAGAAUAGUUAUGGUUUACAAGUGUGAAUGUAUAACAAUCGUAUAUACACAAAAAAAUUAGAAAAAAAAUAAUUGUACGAAAAAGUUAUCAUUUCGUUGAAAGUAUAGCGUGUAAGGUUUUCCCAAAUUUUGUUAAAUUUUAUUUAUUUAAAUAUUUAUAUUAGCAACGAAAAGUUUUCAAUCCAAUGCAAGCAGUAGCAAACUAUUUUUCCCAAGUAAACUGUCGCGAAUAUCUAAACACUAAAAAAGGGAAGUGCAAGAAUGUCAGCUGUUAAAGAAAAGUCUUCCCCCCCCCCUCCAAAUAAAAAAAAAGAGAAAAAAGGAUGGAAAAAGUAAAAGCAUAGUUCAUUUAGAACAGUACAAACGAGAUAAUGACAGAGAACUAAUUUCAAAGUGAAAUUAUAUUGAACGAGAUCGUUGAAAGGUCGUAAGGUCCAUGUCGAUAUAGUAUUUUUAAUAAUAAGAAGCGAUCGAAAGCUGUUAAUGCCGAUUAUAUUAAAGUAGAAAGAUCUAUCGCUCUCAGGCAGAUGUUUUAUAUAAGCUAUUUUUAGUAACGUUUAGUGCACCCUUUCCGAUGGGUAGUCAAUGCGAGAAACGCGCCAUGUAAGAUGUCUAAAUAGACUCGAGAAGUUUCUUCCUUUCGAUAUCGUAGACCGAGAAAGUUCAGAUACAUGCUGCGAGGAAAAAGGAAAAAGAAAAUUACGUCCACGUGCUUUACAAAAUGUUCUCUUAAUCGAUUCAACACAAAAAGUGUUCGACUCUUAUUCCCAAUCGGUGGUGAACCAAUUAGAAAUUAGACGAUUCGUACGAAUCGUUCGUCGUCGAGGAAUUUAACUCUUUGCUGUCGAAAUACGGGAUAAAAAUUAUUUAAACAGCGAAGUGCUUAUCUUAGGAGCAGGGCCGGCGCAAGGCAGGUUCAGCGCGUUCGCCGGAACCCAGUCCCGCGUUUUUAGGGGCCCCGCGGUCUACGAAAAUGUUAAUUAACUUUUUACGGAAUGAUGAUACCAUUAACAGAUGCAAGAAAUUUUUUUAUUAGCGAUGAUUCAGUUUAAAGGAGUGACAAAAAUCAUCAAAGUAUUAUUAUUUAAUAUUCAUCUUAUAAAAAAUAUAUAGCAUUUGUAAAUAAAUAAUUCCGCGUUGCAAAAUUUAAGUGUAGGAUUUGAAUGUGAAUUCAGGCCCCGCAAAAUUUUUGAACCCGGCCCCGCAAAAGGUCACGCCGGCCCUGCUUAGGAGUCGCAACAACGUGACGGGAAAGUAUCAAUAUUUUCCAAAUUUAUUUCUCCUUAGAAUAUUUCGAUACCGUUCUUCCAAAUUCAGCUAAUAAAUUCAACUGAUAAUAGUCCGAGAGCCUGCGACAUAAAAUUUCGGCCAAUUUCAUUACAAAUAUCCUUUUGCUAUUUGACUGUUUUCUACUAAAGAAUAAAAAUAAUCCAAGACUGGCAAAGCACAAACGGUGCAUCGCUCCCUUAGAAAGUCGGAAACAUGUAAGAAAUAACAGUAUCUUUGACUGAAAUUAUUAUUACUGAAAUUUUUAGAAUGUAUCGUUGACAUACCAAAUUGCAUAAAAAAGUUGAUCUGGCAGAUUGUAAGCGGUGCUAAACGGGUGCUAAUGAUUUUAGUCAAACUAUUAGGUCGUCCUAUAAGUUCGUGCCGAAGACUGUGUCGAAAUUUAAUAAAAAACCACAGAACUUUUCUAGUAACGGUAUAAUGAGUAUCUGAGAGAGGUGAGAAACUAUUGUGAAAUGAGACAAAUUAUCUUUUCUUGUGACACUUGAGAGUAUGUUUCAUAUAUUAAUUUGAAAAAUAAAAGUAUAAACGUUUUUCCAACAAGGUUUUCCGACUGCCAGACCCAUUUAGCACCGCUUACAAUCUGCCAGACCAACUUUCUUAUUCAAUUUGCUAUGUCAACAAUACACACUAAAAAUUUCAGUAGUAAUGAUUUUGGUCAAAAAUCAAAUUAUUACAAAACGCCAUAGUGAAGCGUUGCACCAUUGAAUUCAUGCCAGACCAAGCAUUUCUGAACUAGGGAGACAUACCAUCUUAGGAAAACAGGUUCAUUUGUGUAAUGAAAUGAGUCACCCAUUUCUGUCGCGGGCUCUCGGACUAUAAACUUUAUAAUACGGAACAUGGAAUCAAGGCAAUUGGCAGAUGGUACAAAAUUAUUACAGAAGACUGCGAAACUGUAGUAUUGACACUCGUUGAACAAAUGUCGACUAGCUUUGCUUUUCGUCACAUAGAUGGCAAUUGUAGUCGAUUCUACUACCCACCGUUCGACUAUAGUUGGCGCUAAUGUUGAAAAGAAUAAAAUAUCUAAUUCCAUGAUAGUACAUAAUAUGCACACGACCUAACGAUAUAAAUCUCUUUCUAAUGAAAUUUAUUCGUUUUCUAAAUUAAUUAACUAAAUUCGUGCUACUCGAAAAUAAUUUCGAUCAGUACGACUAUCAUGCUUGGAACAAAUGCGACCGCAAAGAGUUGAAAACUUAGAUAGUUCGUAUAUAGUCCUCGGAUAUUCGAGGAUGAUCGAAAGUUCGUGGAUUUCGUGAAAACGUCACGAAUUGCUCGAAUUUUUCUAAAUACUAUUCGGCCCAAAAAUUGUCCCAUUGUUCGUGCUCUCUGUUAUAGUGGACGUUGAGAUCCCAGUUCCUUUCUUUUGAGAAAAUGUGAUCGCAAUGGUAAAGAAAACGUUUUCGUUUCGAAAGUUUCAUUGGUAAACCUGAUUAAAAUAUAUACUCUUGAUCACGUUUGCCGCAACUCGGUCGACUCUUUGCAUAUUUUGUAUAUUUAUAUUUCACUUGAUCAAACUGUAAUAAUAGAUAGUUUUACUUGAGAUUAGUGAUAUUUUAGUAUUCUACGCAAAUUUAUCUAUGUAGAAAAAUUGUGAUUCGCGACGCCAUUGAUAUUCAUGUUCACGUAACGGUCACAAUUUUUUUCUUUUUCACAAAAAAUAUUCUUUGAGAAUUACGGAUACUAGCCCGUGAGGGAUAACAAAUUGAACUAUUUUUUAAACACAUAGACAUUGCAAACCGACAACAAAAGAAAUAUGACUCGCGAGAAUAAUGAUUAUCGGCUGGCAGUUAAUUUUUGCAAUCGCUACUUUCUUCUCUGUUUUAUUAAAAUCGAACAAGUAUAAAUAAUCACGCUUCUAAGAAACGAUUAUACGGUGGAUUAUACGGUGGAUUCUAAUCGAAGUAUGAAAUUCGAAUAAUCUGUCUUCGCUAUAUAUAUUUAUUUCGCGUCAAUAUUUUUACUCACGCUUGGAUGAUAAUUCACAAGAAACUUUUUUUUAUUCUAUUCUCGAGUUUUUCGAGAAUUGCACUCGCGUAAUAAUGCUACGAACUACUAUCGAGUAGUACCAAAAACAAACAAAAAAAUGAACAAAAUGAAAACAAAGAGGAAUGAUACCUCGUCGUUUGAGCCUAUUGCUAAGCGAAUCGCGAUUUGUGUCGCAAUUUUCUUCGAUUGAUUGCUCUAAGGCGUUUGUUUUAUUGUAUCACUUUACCGACUGUUAAUCUAUUAACACGUUGACUGCCACCACACUAAUACUCUUAAAAGUUUCUACUGCGAUUAAAUUUUAUUUACUGACCAUUGGAGACUACAUAAUCAAACAUUUAUUGUGGUAUUUACUUUUGUAACUUCACCGAAAUUCAAAUAUUUCAUAUAAAUUCGUUUUCUUUGAUAUUUAAGUUUCAAAAUUAAUUUUGAAUUGGGUGACAUGGCGGUCGACGUGUCAAUAGAUGACUCGUCUCGAACACUUGCCGACUGGUAGUCUAUUAAUAGGCUUCUUGUUUGCCGACAAUUAUCAAUGACAGUCUAUUAAUUGUCUUUUGGCUUCGACAUUUAUGAAUUAGUUUUUAUGGUAACCAAUAAAUUUUGUUAAAAUUGUAUUAAAUUUAAUGAUGAAUUUUAGUAUUCGCGCGUGACAGUCUUAACCAAACCGAAGCCUAUGUCCAUACUAUUAGUCGGUAUAGUGAUAUGUUAUUCUUCCCGAUGAAACGUUUCACUAAUAUUUUACUAACGAAAUGAGAAUAUUUUACUAACCAGAGGAAACGAUUGUAACGAUACAGAAACCUCAUGUUUCUGAUAAAUAAUGUGUGUGUUAACAAAACGCGUUAAUACUCGCUAUUUUUGGCUUUCGAAACUAACAAAAUCGGUAGCGGUAAUUGUUUAUAUUUAAAUUCUUCUCUCGUAACCAAAGAUCUCUCGAUCUGAAACGUGUUAGCACGAAUGUCAUUUUGUAUUCGACUGUCGAUAGUGUUCUAAACUAAAUUUUCAUUUGGAAUUUGAUAUGGCAUUUAUUUAAACUAUUUUCAUCAGUUGUCAUUUUGAAUAGAAAGGUGAAAAAGAACACGAAGGUAAUAUGCGUUUACUUUUUAUAUUUGUUAGGAUAUAUGGAUUUUUAAAAAGUUUAAAUGCAGUUUGAAUCAUUCUAAAACAUUAUUCAAUUUCAAACAAUUCAAUUUUAUUGUUAAACGUAUUUUAAACAUGUACUAACAUACGUUUAGUUUAUGUAGUAGUUAAAUAUGCAUUUUUACUUGCAUUUCCUCACAAAGAUUCUCACGUUUUUCAUUGGAAAUACCCAAUAGUCGACUUACAAUUUCCUUAGUUUAUUUCUUUAUUUAAUAUUUGUUUGAACUUACACUUUUGAAUUGUGUCGUUAAAUCGAAUAAAAUGAUGAUAUUCGUGACAAUGUCUUUCGCGUACCUUCCUACUUUUUUCAAUUUGCAAUGACGAAUAUAUUGCAGCUCAUUAUACAUAUAUCGAAGAGGCAACAUACUACGUAAUUUACCGUUAACUGUACAAAUAUCCAUCUACGGGCAAUAAUUUCAUAGUUUUCCAGAAACAGCUGAACUUUCGUUAAUUAAUUUAACACUAAACCUAUCACAGCUGGUCAAACGACCAUUUUCAAACUUUUCUAUACUGUUUCGUAUAUACAAUAUAUACAUUAUAUACAAUGGCUUCAUGUAUUAUUCAAUUUAAUACCACGUGAAAUAUUGUUGCAUCCAAUUUAAAAAAGUGUCUUCGAGACUAGUUAUUAGCAAAUAAAGUGUCAGUAGGUUUAGUGUUAAAUGUCAAUUAAUAAUUACUUUAAAUCUCUUAUUACUUAGCGCGCAGUCUGUGAUUCGAAUUAAUUCUUGGACUGCGAACAUAGCAAAUACAAUUACACAGACCUAUGUGUGUGUGUGUAUAAUACGAUCAUUUCUUAUUUCUAAUUAAACAAACUUCAAAAGGAUCAAUUUUAUUUUCAAUACUAAAGGGAAUAAUAUGUAACAUACACAUCACACAUGCUAAAAAUAACUCGACAAUUAUUUAAAGGCAAACAACAUCCAAACGUUAAUUAAUUAUUUUUAAAUAAUUGUACAUAUUAUUAAAUAAUGUUUAACGUUUCCCAAUGACCGUCGAAUUGAUAUAGGUGGAUUAAUUUCCUCGUUACAUUCCACGAUUCUUUAUUUCCGAUGCAUUUUGUUUUAUUCGCUGUCUUCGAUAUACAACAAAUAUCGACGAUUCACCGUCUGUUUCGUAACUAAGAAAAUUCUAAAUUCUGUGAUCGGCAUCGGCGAAUGAUCGCUAAGGAAACUCCUGCGUCGCGAAUUCGAAUAUUCGGUUUGCAGACUUAUUCGUGGAUGGGCAGAAAUUUUAUUCGAUUAAUACAUGACGAAUAAAACGACUAUGUAUAAACGAUUUAUUCGACUGACAUCCUAUUUUUAAUUGCAUUUGGUAAUUAUAAUCAAGCAAACAAGGAACAAAUGUUCAUCUUCCAUUUGUUAUUUGAAUUUUUUCAUCAAAACUAAAAAUUCUGUCCAUCCCUGUUCCUGUUUGAGCUUCGUAUUCGUGUGGAGUGCCAUAUACACGCAAUCGAGAGUACUUUUCUGAAGCAGAGAUAUGUAAUAUAUUGCGUUUUAUUAUAUUUUACGUUAUUAUAUAUAUUAUUAUCACUUUUAUUGCUGCUAUUGUAUUAUUAUAUUAAGACGACAAUUAUACCAGG